CUGCGAUGGCGGACGGGGAAAGGGAGGAGGAGCAUGAUGGGCCUGAGGAAGACGUCGAGGCAGAGGCACAAGUAGACUUCAAGCCUCUCAUCGAGCUUCCCCCCGAAGUUCAGACCAAGACUGGAGAAGAAGAGGAAGAUGUUAUUUUCAAAAUGCGAACAAAGAUGUUCCGCUUCAACGAACCAAGCAAGGAAUGGAAGGAAAGGGGAACGGGCGAUGUUCGCUUCUUGAAGCACAAGGAGAGUGGGAAGAUUCGUGUGCUCAUGCGCGCUGAGAAGACUCUGCGAGUUAGGGCAAACCAUCCCUUGUCCACCAACCUGGAGUUGAAACCUCAUGCGGGAAGUGACAGAGCCUUCACCUACUUCACCCCUGACUGGAGCGAAGACCCUGAGACCGGAGUUGUGGAGCAGAAGAACGAGUUGUUUGCCUUCCGCUUCGCCAACGCUGAGAGUGCAAACAAGUUCAAGGAAGCGUUCGAGAAGUGCAAGAAGGGCGAUACAGCUGACAUGACCGUGAUCAAGCAGGACGCAGAGGAUGCUGAGAAGGCUGCUGAGAAGAAAGAAGACAAGAAGGAAUGAAAGAUUGAUAGUUGAUGUGUUAACUUUGCUUUGCAUGAGGACAUGGCUUGAAUGCAUUAUUGAUUUCCCAUG